GUUAGCAUGUCGCAUUACUCGACAGCCCGCACAUUCACUUUGCCAUUGCUUUAGCCUUUCUGCUGUGGCUUGCAAGGAACGUCGGAGGAGCAAGGACUGAGCGGUACCACUGCUUGCCCGCCGGCGGACAGACACCGCACCGGGGCUCGUUUGCUUGCGGGCGGCGGCGGCGGCGGCCAACGAUCGCAUCGCGUCGCGGCGAGAUCGAUGGCGACCAGGUGCUUCUUCCCCAGGGACGCGGUGGCCGGGCGGCACCAGUCCAAGGCGGCCGCGGAGGCGCUCGAGCACCUGCACCACGGGGGGCGCGUCCUGUCCCGGGAGGAGGUGGGCGGCGCGGUGCGCGUCAAGAUCGUGGUCAGCAAGCGCGAGCUCAAGAAGAUGGUGGCCGCCCUCGGCACCGGCGGCGAGGUGGCGGCCGCUGCGGCGUCUGCUGAUCGCCGCAGCCGCCAGCGCGCGGCGGGCGGCGGCACGGACGCCGAGCAGAGGCUGCAGUCGCUCCGGCGGCGCAGCAUGCGCAGGGCGGCGGAGGAGACGAGGCGGAUGCAGGCGAGCGGGGAGUGGGAGCCCGGCCUCCAGAGCAUCCCCGAGGAGGUCUACUGAGUUACCGCUAGUGGUCUAGUAGAUGAUGGCGCCGUCGGUGAUGGUUAAUCACUUUACUAAUUAUAAGGUUGGGUUUUGAUCACCUCCUGCUAAAUGCUACUCGUAGUAGAUGUAUGUGUACAGUGCUCUUGAUUCGUUCCUGUUCCUUAACUAUGAGGGUUAAACUUGUGCUGGUUAAUCCUCCUCCGCUCCUCCUCCAUCAGCUUGUGCAAUUUUUUCCGGUGAAAUUUUGGAGAUUGUGUGAAACAGAUGAAGAACGAGAGGUGACCUGACUAGAAUGCAAGAGCUGCAUUCAUCUGAAA